CCAACAUGUGUUUCUGCAUGGUUCUCAAGCAGGGGGAGCAUGGCACCAAAGAGACGGGCUGCUUCUGCUGCCAAGGCUGGUGGCAAGAAGGCCAAGGAGGAGCCUGAGACAUCAAAGCCCAAGGAUGCCUUCACCUCUGCAAAAGAGGCCCUUCUGGCUGCAGGGCCACAGGUAAAAGGCAAGAGGAAGGUGGAUGAGCACUGCUCACUGUCGGGCUCUGGAGAGGUACAUGAGGACUAUGACUGCAUGCUGAAUCAGACAAACAUUGGACAUAACAAUAAUAAGUUUUAUGUCAUUCAAGUUAUUAAAGCAAACAAGAAGUACUAUUCAUGGAACAGAUGGGGUAGGGUGGGUGAAGUGGGACAAUCCAAACUCAACCCUUGUAAUAAAGUUGAGGAUGCCAUCAAGGACUUUGAGAAAAAGUUUAAGGAUAAAACAAAGAACAACUGGAGCGAUCGGAUGAAUUUUGUGUCCCACGCUGGGAAGUACACCCUGAUUGAGGUGGAUGGAGAGCAGGAUGCUGAGAUUAAGGUGGACAGUGUUGAUGGGAAAUCUGUCAAAGUCCCUAAAAACGUCCUACCUUGCACCCUCGAUAAGGCUACACAGCACCUCAUCGAGCUAAUUUUCAGCAAUGAUAUGUUCAAGGAGGCAAUGGAAUGUAUGAACUUAGACAUCAAGAAGAUGCCUUUGGGCAAGCUGAGUAAGCUGCAGAUUGCAAAGGGCUUUGAAGUGCUAGAGGAAAUUGAGGCAGCCAUGAAACAAAAAAAAGGAAGAGCACGCCUGGAAGAACUUUCCUCAAAGUUCUUCACCACAAUCCCACACAACUUUGGCCGGAACAGACCGCCAACCAUCGACAACACAGAGAUUGUGGAGAAGAAGAAAGAGAUGCUUAUGGUGCUGGCUGACAUUGAGCUUGCCCAGACUCUGAAGUCCGAGACAGAGAAGGCUCAGGAAGAGAUGAUAGAGACUGUUCCUCACCCUCUAGACCAAGACUACAAUUCUCUCAAUUGCCAGCUCACUCUAAUGGACAAAGAUGCAGAAACUUUCAAGACCAUAGAGAAAUACCUGACAGCAACUAAAGAUGAGUAUCAGAAAACAAAAAUUCUUAAUGUCUGGGAAAUCGAUCGAGGGACAGAGGGAGAGCGCUUCAGGGAGAACGAUGGUCUGGAGAACCGUCGUCUGCUGUGGCAUGGUACAAACAUAGCGGUGGUGGCAGCCAUCCUGAAGAGUGGUCUGAGGAUAAUGCCCCAUUCAGGAGGCCGUGUUGGUCGUGGAAUCUAUUUUGCAUCUGAAAACAGCAAGUCUGCAUGUUACGUGCGCACUUCCAAAAAUACCGGAGUGAUGUUUCUGAAUGAAGUAGCCCUCGGCAAAGAAUAUACUAUCACCAAAGACAACUGCUCCUUGAGGAAGGCUCCUGCAGGUUAUGAUAGUGUAGUGGCACGAGGAACAGUGGAACCAGAUCCCUCUAAGGACAUCUUCAUCACUCUGGAGGGCAAGAAGGUUUCUGUGCCUCAGGGUAAGCCCAUACCUCAGCCCCAGUACGCAGGGAGCAGCUUCAGCAACAGCGAAUAUCUCAUCUACAAAGAGAGUCAGUGUCGCAUUCGCUACCUGUUGGAGCUGCACAUGACGUACUAAUUCAACAAAGAAGCAGGUCCUUUGACAGAGAAAUGCUCAACAUUCCUUCUGUAUAAGGGGCUUCGUGAAGAGCUUGAUUAUACUGUUUUCUAAUCUAAUAUGGUUAUUGUCUUUACUAUAACAGAUAUUGUGCAGAUGUUUCUACCUUAAAUAACUUCUCUGUACCUUAUAUUUUGCACACAGUAAAACUGACCUGAGUUUGAUGGACUGCACAUCCUAUAAAACACAUGCUGACAAAGUGUAUCUACUUUUUCCUUUAUCAUGACAGAGAGGAUGUCCUUUCACCAUUUUCCUACUGGUAUCUUUUACUUGAUAUUGGUUUUUAAACAUCUAAAAUGCUUCUAAAUAUUUGCACUAUUUUGCUGUUGAAUUACAUACUGCACCUUGUGUUCUAUUAAGCAUCUUAGUUCUGGUUUGACUAGCUUGACUUUUACAUAUUGCAUUAUUUAAUCCAAGUGGAAAUGACAAUAUAAGCCUGUCCCUCUGAAAGAAAAUAUCAUGGAUAUCUAGAAGGAAUUUGAUGCAUGCCAUUGCUUUUAUAUAUAUGUUUUAAAUAAUAUUGAUAAUAUAGUAAAAAAAAGAGAAGUAAAGAAAGAGAAAAAAUGUACCCUAUGCACAGCAGAGUUGUGGCAAAUGUCCAAGCACUGUUACAAAUCUGAUAUUAUGUCAGACUGUUAAAAUUGAAACACUCUGAAAGUCCUUCUGUAGUGUAAAGUAAUAUAAUAUGUACGUCAUAAAUAGCUUGACCAAACUUCUUGCCCUGGAUGUCUUCCAGCUUUGAUGGUACCAAAUGUUACCAUAUGGUGUCAGUAGUGAGAAACAUCCUUUGGAAUGUAACUGCCUUAGACAUUACUUGAAUUCAUAGGCUUGAAUCAGUGAUUAGUUAAUAAACUUAAAUACCUCUCCAA